AUUAGGUUAGCGUUUUAUCUCACUACGUUUGUAUAAUUUUAUAUAAAAUUUAUUAUCAAUAAACGCAAUAUUUACAAAAAUGAAAGUAGCGGACAACGUUAACCCAAAUGUAUACGAAAAGGGUUCAGCAAGAGAGCUAACUCGAGCUGAUUUUGACGAAAAUGUACCAGAUGAAUUCGAUACACGAGAAGUAUUUGAUUUGAUACGCAAUAUUUGCGAUCCAGAGCAUCCAUUAUCACUGGAAGAGCUACGAGUUAUAGAAGAAAGUAAUAUUCACGUAGAUAAUGAAAAUAACUCGGUACAUGUUUUCUUUACACCGACAAUACCUCAUUGCAGUAUGGCCACCUUGAUCGGUCUAUCCAUCCGCGUGCAACUGCUCCGCUCUCUGCCGAGCCGUUUCAAAGUGACAGUGGAAGUGACGGAGGGAACACACGUAUCGGAGCACGCUGUGAAUAAACAGCUCGCUGACAAGGAACGGAUUGCAGCGGCGUUGGAAAAUAAAAACUUAUUGCAAAUCAUAAAUCAGUGUGUUCGGUCAUUAUAAUGAACUAACUGUUGUCUGCAGCUUUGCCUGCAGGGCCAGAAUAAAUUUUCACGGUACAAUCGUUCAUCCCCUGUUUUAUCCCCGGGGGGGUAGAAUGUAUCAAAGUUCUUUCGUAGUGGAUACUUACUUUUGAGUGGCUAUCGGCAUACCAAAUUUCAGCCCGAUCGGUUCAGUAGUUUGGGCUGUGCGUUGAUAAAUCAGUGAGUCGGUGUUUGUGUUUUUUAUAUUAAGACUUAAAAGUGAUGAAUUGAUUUUAAAAAAUGCAUUUCAAUAUUAAAAAUAAUUUUGUUAUAUGCUUUAGAUAUUUCUUUAAAGGAUAAUGAUUGUACUUAUAUAUAUAUAAGAAUCUACUUUAUUAAUCCCCAAAGAAAAGAGGGGGUUAUAAGUUUGUUGUCAACAUCUGUCUGUUUGUGGGUUCUUAGCAUUGGAGAUCUCAAAUAGAUGCACCGAUUUCGAUAUGGCUUUUUUUUCAUUUGAAAACCCGUCUUGUGGUGGCAUGUAGCUAUGUUUGAUGAUAUUUGGUCAAGGAUGGCCAAAAAAUAUAGGAUUAUAUAUAGUACUAGCAGUCCACCCCGGCUUCGCCCGUGGUACAUAUAUAGCCUAUAGCCUUGCUCAAUAAAUGGGCUAUCUAACACUGAAAGAUUUUUUUAUCGGACCAGUAGUUCCUGAGAUUAGUGCGUUCGAACAAACAAACAAUCUCUUCAGCUUUAUAAUAGUAUUGAUUAUUUUACAAUUCCCUCAUUAUGGGUAUCAAUUAAAAGGGCUUAAUUAGUAGAAUACUAGAUGCUAUAUAAAUGGCCGAUAAUGUUAAAUGGAGUGGGGUAUUUGAAAUUUUAAUUUAGUCUUGUUUUUGUUAAAAAAAGCCUAUUUCUUGAUGAUACUUGUAAAUAUUUCAUAGUGAGAUAAAAAAAAUUAGAAUAAUAAGCUA